AUGGGGUGGAAUUUAUGGUAUGGUUGUGGGUUUGUAAGUGUGGGGGGGGGGGGGGGGGGGGGGGUUGGGGGUGGUGGGGGGGUGUGGGGUGGGGGUGGGGUUGGUGGUGUGGGGGGUGGGUGGGGGUGUUGGGGGGGGGGGGGGGGUGUGUGGGGUGGGGGGUUGGGGGGGUGUGGUGGUGGGGGGGUGGGGGGGGGGUGGGGGUGGUGGGUUGUGGGGGUGGGGGGGUUGGUGGUUGGGUGGGUGGGUUGGUGGGGGUGGUGGGGGGGGGUGGGGGGUGGGGGGGGGGGGGUGGGUGGGUGGUGUGGGGGGGGUGGGGGUGGGGGUGGGGUGGGGGGGUGUGGGGUGGUGGGUGGGUUGGUGGUGUUGGUGGGGGUGGUUGGGGUGGGGGGUUGUGGGGGUGUGGGGGGGGGUGGGGUGGGGUGGUUGGGUGGGUGUGGUGGGGGUUGUUGGUGGGGGGGGUGUGGUGGGGGGUGGGGGUGGGUGGGGGGGGGGGGGGGGUGGGGGUUGUGGGUGGGGGUUGGGGUGGGUGGGUGGUGGGGGGUGUGGGGUGGGUGGGGGUGGGGGUGUGGGGGGGUGGGUGGGUUGUGGGGGUGGGGUGGGUUGGGGUGGUGUGUUGGUGUGGGUGGUGGGUGGGGGGGUGGGGGGGGUGUGGGGGGUGGGGGGGGUGUGGGUGGUUGGUGGGUGGUGGGGGGUUGGGGGGGGGUGGGUGGGUGGGGGGGUGUGGGUGGUGGGGGUUGGGUGGUGGGGGGUGGGGUGGGUGGGGGGUGUGUGGUGGUGGUGGGUGGGGGUGGGGGGGGUUGGGUGGGGGGUGUUGGUGGGGGUGGGGGUGGGGGGUGGUGUGGGGUGGUGGGGGUGUGGGGUGUGGUGGUGGGGGUGGUUGGGGUGGGGGGUGGGGUUGGGGGUGGGUUGGGUGGGUUGGUUGGGGUGGGGGUGGGGUGGUGGGUGUGGGUGUGGUGGGGGUGGGGGGGGUUGGGGGGGGUGGGGGUGGGGGGGGGGUUGGUUGUGGGUUUGUGGUGUGUGGUGGGGUUGUGGUUGUGGGGUGGGGUGGUUUGGUUGUGGGGUGGGUGGGGGUGGGUUGGGGUGGGGUGUGGGUUGGGGUGUGGGGGUGGUGUGGUUGGUGUGGGGGGUGGGGUGUGGUGGGGGGUGUGGGGUGGGGGUGGGUUUGGUGGGGUGGGGGGUUGUGGGUGUGUGGGGGUGGUGGGGUGGGGGUUGUGGGGUGGGGUGGUGUGGGGGGUGUGGGUGGUUGGUGUUGGGUGGGGUUGGGGUGGGGUGGUGUGGUGGGUGUGGGGUGUGGGGGGGUGUUGUGGGUGUGGGGUUUGGUGGGUGGGUGUGGUUGGUGUGGGGUGUGUUGUGGGUGUUGUGGUGGGUGGGGGUUGGUGGGGUGGGGUUGGUGGGGUUGGGGGGGGGUUGGGGUGUGUUUGGUGGGUGUGGUUUGGGGUUGUGGUGGGGUGGGUGGGGGGGUUGUGGGGUGGGGUGGGUGUGGGGUUGUGUGGUGGGUGUUGGGUGGGGGUGGGUGUUUGGGUGGGGGUUGGGUGUGGUGUUUGGGGUUUGUGGGGUGGGUUGUGUGUGGGGGGUGGUUUGUGGUGUGGGGGUGGGUGGUGUGGGGUGUGGGGGGUGGGUUGGUGGGUGGGUGUUGUUGUGUUGGUGGGUGGGGGGGUGGUGGGGGGGGGUGUGUGGUGGUUGGGUGUGGGGUGGGUUGGGGGUUGUGGGGUUGUGGUGGGGUUGGUGGGGGGUGGGUUGGGGUUGUGGUUGUGUGGUGGGGUGUGUUGGGGGGGGUGGGGGGGUGGGGUGGUGGUUGUGGUGGUGGGUGGGUGGGUGGGGUGUGGUGGUGGUGGGUUGGGGUGGGGGUGGUUGGUGGGGGUGGGGGGGUGGGGUGGGGGGUGUGGGGUGGGGGUGUGGGGGGUGGGGGUGUGUGGUGGUUGGGGUUGUGGUUGGUGGGGUUGUGUGGUGUGGGUGGUGGGGUUUUGGGGUGGGUGUGUGGUUUGUUGGGUGUGGUGGUUGUUGUUGGUGUGUGUUGUGGUGUGGGGGUGGGUGGGGUGUGUGGUUGUGUUGUGGGGGGGUUGUGGGUGGUUGGUGGUGGUGGGUGGUUGGUGGGUUGUGGGGUGGGGGGGGUGUGUGGGGUGUUGUGGGGUGGGGGUGUUUGUGGGGGGUGGGGUGUGGUGGGGGGGGGGGGGGGGUGGUGGGGGUGGGGUGGGUGUGGGUGGGUGGGGUGGGGGUGGUUGGGUGUGGUGGGGGGGGUGUUGGGGGGGUGGGGGUGUGUGUUGUGUGUGGGUGGUUGGGUGUUUGGGGGUUGUGGUUGGGGGGGUUGUUGGUGUGGGGUGGGUGUGUGUUUUGGGUGGUGGUGUGGUGGGGUUGGGUGUGGUUUGGUGGGGGUGGUGGGUGGUGGGUGUGGUGUGGGUGGUGGGUGGGGGGUUGUGGGGUGUUGUGUGGGUGGGGUGUGGUGGUGGGUGGUGUGGGGGGGGUGUGUGGGGUGUGGGGGGGUGUGGGGGUGGGGGGUGUGGGUGGGUGGUUGUGGUGGGGUGUGUGGGGUUGUGGUUGUGGUGUGGGGGGUUGGGUUGGUGUGUUGUGGUGUGUGGGGUGGGUGUGGUGUUGGGGGGUUUGUGGGUGGGUGUGUGUGGUGGUGUGGGGGUGGUGUGUUUGGGGUGUUGGGGGGUGUUGGGUUUUGUUGUGGGGUGGGUGGGGGUGGUGGGGUUUGGGUGGUGUGUUGGUGGGGGUGGGGUUGUGGUUGGUGGGGUUGUGGGUGGUUUGUGGUAUGGUGUUGGGGUGGGUGUGGGGGGUGUGGUUGGUUGUGGUGUUUGGGGUGGUGGGGGUGUUGUUGGGUUGGGGUGGGUGUGGGGGUGUUGGUGGGGUGGGUGGUAUGGGUUUUUUGUUGUGGUUGUUUGGUGUGUGGGUGUUGUGGUGGGGGGGGUGUGUUGGUUGUGUGUUUGUUGGUGGUUUGGUUGUGGUGAUGGGGUGGGGGUUUUUAGAUGGUGGUGGGUUGGGGGGUGGUGGUGGGGUGUGGGGGGUGGUGGUGGGGUUGUGUGUGGUGUGGAUUUGGUUGGUGAUAAGUGGGUGGGGUUAGGUUGGGGGGGGUGUGAUAGUAUGUGGGGGAUGGUGUUGGAUGGGGUGAAUGUGGGGUGUGGGUGGGAAGGUUUUGGGGGGUUUGUAGGUUAUGUUUAG